AUGCGUAUUCCUCUCGCCGCCGCUGCCACAUUGAGGGUCUUCCUCCUCCUGUCGGCCGCAUUCUUCUCGGCCAGCGUCUUGGCCUCACCCAUGGACCCCAGCCAAGGCAGCAUCAAGAUCGUCUCGCGCCAGACGGCCGGCAGCCCGCUGUUCACAGAGCAAGCCUGCCAGCAGUACAGCCGCAUCGCCAACCUAUCGGUCAUUGGCAGUAACUCGACGAUGCGAACAACCUUCCUCGACGUCAGCCCCGCCGGCACACUCUCUAACUCGGCCAUGCUCAAUGAGGCCAUCAAGAACCUCCCGAUGCUGACAGCCGAUGCCAAGCUCAACGAGGCCUGCGGCAACCUGACCACGGUCGCGACCACCGAGGCCGCCAACAACUUCACCAAGGGAAUCGUUGCGCAAUUCACCUUCACGGGCAACCAUGCUUCGAUUGUCAACGGUCCUGUCGUGGCUGGCGUGGUCAUCAUGUGUCUGGUUGUCAUGCUGGGACCUAUAUCGGCUUUGUGA